CAACAGCGCAAAGGCUUAUGGGUAGGGUACCAACGUCCUUGUCCUACCCUGCGCACACUGACCGUCUUCACGCCGGAGCUCCGGGAUCUCUGUCAUUCACUCGUACUUGAACAAGAAGCGGCUUACCGACAUGAUGGCAGCGAGGUUUCUCCGCCGGGCUCUCCCGGUGCUCAGGCAGGCCCGGUCCUACGCAGAGGCGACAUCCGGUGCCCCGCAGAUGUCCUUCACUUUCGCCUCCCCGACACAGGUAUUUUUCAGCGGGGCCAGUGUGAAACAGGUUGAUGUGCCCACACUCACCGGUGCAUUCGGUAUCCUCCCUGCCCACGUCCCCACCCUGCAGGUGCUCAGGCCUGGCGUUGUCACAGUCUACAAUGACGACGGCUCCACUGCCAAAUACUUUGUGAGCAGCGGAUCAAUAACAGUCAAUGCUGAUUCUUCAGUGCAGCUGUUAGCUGAGGAGGCGUUUACCUUGGACCAGUUCGACAUUGCAGCUGCCAAGGCCAACCUGGAGAAGGCCCAGUCUGAAUUGGCUGGAGCAUCUGACGAGGCAGGGAGGGCCGCGGUUCAGAUCAGCAUAGAGGCCAACGAGGCCAUCGUCAAGGCUCUGGAGUAGACCUGUGGUACUCUUUUCUUUUUCUUUGGUGGAAAUCAAUGGUCGAUCUCUGUUUCCAGCUCAGUCACGUCAGUGUCCAGGAGAUUCCAUGCUUGCUUUGUACAUUGGAUGAAAAUAAAAAUAAAUUUAUUUGGAAUUA